GCUCUGAUGCCUCGAAAAUUUAACUGUAUGUAACACGACACGAGAAAGUAAAAACGAGGGUCUUUCUCGGUUGCUUUGACCACCAUCUACUUGAUCGUAUAGCCCUCCGCAACUCCCCACAUCCGGACUCGGUGGUAGAUCUAGCAAGACAAAAAGACAAGAUAUGACCUCACCACUACCAAAUAACUUGCAUGCUGAGGUAGCGCUUGAUCGUGGACGGUUCUCGCAUGACGGACCUGAGCGCUCGGGUGCGCGGAGCAUCACGCAAGCGCGAACGACUGCUGCGGACCCGCAUGUGCGCGUGCAGAGCUUGCAUGGUGUCAUUAUUGAGCAUGGUCAUUUUAUGCCCGAUGAAAAAUAUGGCGUUAUAGAAGAAGAGCCGGAGGAGAAGGUGCUUUCGGGUGCUGAGCUCGCUGCUGCGCUUGAUAGAGAGGAGGAUAAUGAGGAAGAGGAUAUCGGGACGCAGCGUGCGGUUAUGCACGAGGCUCAAUGGUAUGAGGAGAGAAGUCCAAAAUCCGCUGCUAGCUUCUCCGCAAUGCAAAGUCAACAACCCCAACCACAACAUCGUUCCUUUGCUCCACGCCAAUCUUCACUCGAGAACUCCUCACCGCAGCGCCAAGCACAACCACAGGCACAAUUUCAUGCCUACCCGAGGAGUAUUCUACAAAAUCGCACUGAGACUCUUUCGCCACCUCCACGUUCAUCAAGCUGCUCAGUCCCAUCAAGCGCGCCAAGUCAUCAACAAGCAUUCCCCGAUCGACCACGCUUUACGCUAACUGACGACGGUCCCAUAUCCGCACCCUCUAGUCCUGGUGGGCACCAACAUCCCGGUAUCCGACGUACAGUCUCCGAUACACAUCCUAAUACACAGUCCGAGCCGAGCUCGCCGGGCUUGGGCGUGACCCCACCUCUCCGACGAGGAGCUAAGUCGCAACCAGGUACUCCUAAGUAUGCAACUUUCGAGGACAUGGGUAUACGUGGGAAGGGCAUGGCGCAAGCACAGGCAGAGAAGGAUGCCAAGGACUGCGUAAUAAUGUAAUUUUACUCAAAGGAUAUUGGAUAUAUUUAUAACGUGGUGAUGCUUUGGGUUCCCUUGGUUGUUUGAGACGGCUUUCUUAGAAUAUCGAAGUUUUUAAUUGGCUAUCCAUAUCAUAUACUCGUCGGCUUAUAUAACCCUCCCUCUUUUUUAACCUUACUCAUCAAUCGUCCGCAUCGUUCGCUCUCGUUCACUCGUUUCACUCAUAUUUUCUACUUACCGACUCAUCCAAA